CUACCAACACCUGAUGCAAUAUGUAAAAACUCUCUCUAGUUCAGCCACACCCUUCUAACCUCCUACCCAUGGUGUAUUUAAUCCUCUUCAAAGAAACCACCCUCGUCGCUAUCAUCGUCGUCACUCUUGACGACUGGCUGUGCAGCCUGACGCUCCUGUAAUCUGCGUUCUCUGCGGUUCUUUGGAGCAACAGCAGCUUUCCCCUUGACCUUGGUGAAAGGUGCAGGCUUUUCCUUCGUGGCUUGUGGUUUCGGCUGCGCCUUGAGAGCCCCAUCUGUAGUCGUUGCCCUGGGCUUUUUCUGGCGGCGCUCUGGCUGUGCUUCUUCUGUAAGCUCAGUUGGCCGUCUCUCUCUCAAAGUUCGCAAUGCGUGGGGGCCACCCUUCAUCGCCUGUUCGAUGUCCGACCAUAUUGGCGGUCGCGCUGUAUGCAGUAGGCCCCUAUGCUUGAGUGGUGUGUAGUCAAGCUUGUCGUCGUCUUUGUCUUCGUCGUCCUUCUCUGGCUUGGCAUUGGUGUACAAGCUGAUGUAGGGUUCAGCAUGGGGAAAGUGUUGUGUAUACGCCUCGUCUACUUCGGCAACAUGCAAGUCACGCUCCAAUGCCUCGAUCUCGUCCGUUUCUGUAGAUUCGGUCUCUUCAAUCUUUUUUCGCAGCUGUUUUGCUAAUCGCGAUGCCUUCUUUCGUUCUGGAUCGCGCCUUGUUAGCAUUCUUUUGGAGCGGAGAAUCACGCCCAGAGAAGGUCUUACCAAAGAACCGAACCAUGUGAUAUUUCGAUAUCAUAGCACUUCGUAGCUUCUGGAAGCUCUUGUCUGAGACUGUUGCCUUGAGAGCGCCCAGCUCUCGCUCGAGAUCAUUGCGUACGUUGGCGGGAAGUUCUUGGUUUCGGUUCAGGAGUCGUUCGAUAGUGCGCGUUCGCUUCUUGGCCCACGUUGAAGUUCCCUCGUUCGGUCGAUGCUUUGACUUGCUCGACUUGUGCUUCUUUGUACCAUUGAAUGAUGGACGGUUACGAGGCUCGGGAGACCCAAUCUCCGAAUAUCCUCUCUUUUGCCCCAUGGCGACGAUUAUGGCUCGUGAGAGGAUUAUGAAACGAGAAUGGGGUGGGAUUGCGAAGAGAAUGUUCAAAUGAGGUUCCAGGUCAAGGUUGAACAAUAGGUAGUUACUGAAGAAUUGCAUACGAAGAUGGCCAACUUUUUUUUUCCCUAGGUACUAUCUUAGUAGGGACUUGCGGUGGUAUCUUAUCAGGCACGUCUCGAUUCGGGGUAGCGUCAGACGCUCGGGCUUGUGGGGAAGGGAAGGUGCUCUGUGUUCCUGAGAGGCACCUGGCACAGAGGUUCAUCAUCUAAGCUUGACACCAUCGAAUCCAAUACCAACGACUAUCUUCUUUAUAUAUCAAGAACGUUUUCCUUUAAUGUCUAUAGCAUCCAAAUGUCCAAAGGGGAAGCUCUGAUAUCAAAGAUUUUCUUAAAAUUUAUUUUCAAGCCGUUCUCGAGAGUCUGGCCCGAACCUUGUUCGCUCGACUCAUCGCCAGGAUUCAUCUUGAGCUAGAGGCGCCGCCAAUCUCUCUUCUUGAAGAUUCAUUCAAGAUAAACUCAAUUACCAGGAGGCCUAACUACUGAUUGAUGCUUAUGUAAAAACCCAUCACAGGGCUAAUUCUCCUUCAUCAUGGAUCGCCCUGAACCUGGGCUCGUCAAAUGGUCGUCCAACCCUUCAUAUGAUAACUUCAUUCAUAUCAACCUGCAGCACCGCGUUGUUCAGGUCUACGAACCAACUGGUCAUGCAAGAGCUGGGAAGUUCGACUACCAGAAACUCGCCCGCCACGAUGACUUUCCUCCCCUCACAACCUACGAUUGGUCGCCAACCAAUCCCAGCCUUCUUGCCGUUGGUACGGGCAGUGGCAUUGUGAAUUUGCUCAGGAUUGACGAUGGAUCUAAUGCGUACGUGGAGCUGGGCCUCAAGAUGUCUCGUACUUGUCAAGCCGUCGCGUUCAACACAACCGGACUAUUAGCAGUUGGCCUGGACAGAGUGCGAAUGGAUCAAUGCCUUCACAUCUGGGAUGUCAGUCGAUUGUCUUCAAUAGACAAGAACACAAAAGGGUUUCCCUCGGAUGCAACAAACAUUGCUGAACCAAAAACCCGCCUUGAACCUAGUGUCUCUGUGUCAAGCAUAAAAUUCUUCGAAGACAGCCCCCAGACUCUUGUUGUGGGCAUUAAGGCUCAGGGUCUUCGAAUACACGACCUUCGAGGUAGGUUUCGCAGACGAAGAGAAUUUCUGCGCAAACUGACACAUGUUCGAUUCUUGUUAGACCCUUCAAGCAUUGUCACAUUUCAAACAAAGUGCAACAACAAUCUUACAAUCGACUAUGCUGAUCAGAAUUAUUUUGCUUCUUCCGCCCUGGACCACCCUGGAGUAAUGAUCUGGGACCGUCGAGCGACAUCUCGACCCGUGGCUUCUCACGCAUACAUGCAAGCAAUUGAGGAGGAUGAACUUCCGUGGGGUGGAGCAUUGCGUCUUGACCGGGUCAUCGAGACUGAUUCUGACCCUUUCUUGGCCGAUGGAAAGUAUUCCCUUGUUCGGUCACUUCGAUAUUGCCGUGAUCAUCGUGGUUUGAUUGCUGUGCUAUCUCGUACGGGACAGCUCAAGGUCUUGGACACCAAUAAAGAGGCCCCAUCUUCUGGGUCUAGCAACCCGGAACUUCUCCAAGUUCAAAAGUCUUAUGAGAUGGAUGUUUCAUAUGUCGAAACAUCAAGGAAGAAUGAUCGCAUUGUUGCUUUUGACUGGGUGACAUUGAGUUCCCCCGUCCUUCGUCCACGGCUCCUCGUUUUACGAGCCAAUGGAAACUUUGAAAUCCUCGAACAACCAUCGCAAACAUCAGAUCAUGUUUACAAACUUGUACCAUGGAAAGCACCGCAUCGCGGUCUCGAAGAGGGCGCCCCAUACCACAGCGUGAUGCAGUUUGAGCCAUCCCAAGCUCCUGACAUGCUAGGGCCUCUUCUUAUCGAAGAAGCUUUGUCAGAAGUGCCAUUAUUCGGACCAGAGAGUGCAAAUGUCCGGGCAGAUACGGAGGCCUUACUGAAGGCAAAUAACAUGACUUCAGUGGUUAUAGAAGAUAUUGGGGCAACCACAAGGCCACUUCCUGAAGCCUUUCACAAAGCCUCCACCGUUGCAGCUAAGAUAAGAGCCUUGCGCGCCUUCGUAAGAGACGAGUUCCAAGCUCCAAAGGGUAUAAAGCCACGUGCUGGAGACACAAAGAUUGUCGAAAGCGAGACCAGUGAGAUGUCCCUAGCAUCCGAUAGCUUGGGCUCAUGCCGAGAAAUCCACGACGCGUUGCUGGCUUCACUAGCUGAGGCUGAAGGUCUGCCCCGAGAAGCACAGAACGUACUUGAUCACAACAUGUUGUUACGUGCUAAAGAGAAAUACCUAUUCGACGCAGUAGCAAACAGAGACAUUGUGGCUGACGAUCCGUGGGUGAAAUAUAUAUGGGACUGGGUGGCGACUGCUGAGGAUAACGCUGAUGAUGGAGGCAUGGUACUCUCAAAUAUUGACCUCAGCUACGUUGGUGUUCACUCAAUAUGGACAAAUAAUCUUGGCCGUGAUCCUUCUACUCGACUACCUCCUGGCGCAACGCCUCCUGAUCGUGCAACAUGGGAACGUACCAUUGCAAGUUUCUGCAAAAAAAAUCGUCUUCCCAAGUUCAACGGAGCAGCUACCAAGUGGCCAGCGCAUCGUCAGCUAUGCCUUGAAAUCUGCGGCUGGGGUGAUUCUGAAAAGCAUGAUCCAAAAGGCCGCAAUCGAAAGGCAGAUCCCGAGUACCCCACCACCAUUCAUACCAUGGCCGCAGCUCGUGCUUUAUUUACAGGGGAUCAUAAGGAAGCCAUACAGAUCCUUAAGAAAGCCAGCACUGCUCACCCUGAACUCUUGUUCGUGUCUUUGGCCCUACAGCUUAUGGGCAGCGGGGACAGCACGCCUGCCAAGAACAAGGAACAGCUUGAUUUUGAUGAAGCUGUUGCUUCCAAAACCGACCCUUACCUCCGAGCAAUAUCAUCGCUGAUUGCUACAGGUGACUGGACGGCUAUAGCCAGCCAGCUAUCUCUUCCCCUUUCUGACCGAGUUUACGUUGCAAUUCGCAACUUUGACGAUGAUCAGCUCACACAGUGGCUCAACAAGCAAAUCACAUUGGCGAUAGCAGACGGCGAUAUAGAAGGCAUCGUCCUCACAGGUAUCACAGAACCCAUGGUUGAUAUUUUUGCCCGCUACAUCCAAAAGUUUCAUGACGUUCAGACAGCGACCCUCGUGCUGUCCAUUUGUGCACCGAGAUACAUAGACGACAUUCGCUGUCGAGCCUGGCGCAACACUUACCGUGCCCAUCUUCAGCGCCAUAAACUCUUCUUCCAGCGCACAAAGUUUGACGUCGAGUCAACCAAGCGUUCGAAACGGGACGGCAUCCCCAAAUUGAAACCACCAUCACGCCAAAUUGCCCUCCGCUGUGUUUUCUGCGACGCCGAGACAUCACUCGCGAAUACUGCCAACCAGCCACCGCAUCUCGGAGGUGCCUCUUCUGCGCAAGCAGCAUCGGCUCUCGAGUCUCGAAACCCACUUCUCGCGACGAGCAUCAAUGCGGGUGUGAGUUGUCCCAACUGCGGUCGACACCUCCCGCGUUGUGUGGUCUGUCUCGAGAUCGUGGGCGUCCCUCGUUCCGACAAGCCAGAAGAGAAGAGUGAGUCGAAGAUGGCUGGUCAGUUUCCUACAUUUUGCCUCCGAUGCGAACAUGUCUUGCAUCUGGACCACGCCCGCCAGUGGUUUACCAGACACGUUGAGUGCCCUGUACCUGAAUGCCGAUGCCGAUGCAACUUCAGAGCGAACCCUGAGUUGAGUUAUCGUUAGGAUGCUCAUGAUCUAGACAUUUAGAGUCAAAGGAGGCUGGCCCAGCCGACGGGCCAACCGAACUAGGAAUUAUCGCCGAACUCUCAUUUACUGGAUAAGAUCUGUGACAUAUAUACAGUUGAACAUGAAGAGUGUGUCUAACUUGGAUUGCUUAUGCAGUUGAGGAAAAAAUAUAUCCUUUAUCUUUCGCUUCUAUCCGCAGGUUUCGCAAAAUCAACAGCCAAGAAACAACUCCGUGUCCUAUUUACCCCGCUCCUCGAGAAUCCGGCCAUUUUAUCCUUCACGCCGGAGGUUCCAAAAAAGUGUUCGCCUGUCCUUCCCAGCAUAGUACCUAGUAUCCAAAGGGAAAUGAGAAGGCUUCGACUUUCCAAAAGAGGUAUUGUAACCAAAUGAGUCACCAAGUGACAGCUGAAAGGCUUCCUUUCCCGUUGACAAGGCUUGAUGACGAUUUAUUGUUUCAAUGGCUUGUAAAAUAUCAGGUUUCAUUCUUCAAC